AUGGUCCAGCUCCGACGGAUCUCCUAUCCAAGAAUUCAUCGGAAACGAACAAGGAAUCUCAGACGUCGCAUUCUCAUCUGGCGCUCGAGGUUAUGGAAUCUAUCAACUGGCAAGUUCUUAAAGACUAACAAUGUCCACACAAACUCAAAAUACUCCAUGUCAUCAGCAUUUUCAAUCACAAAUGGCAAAUACAUCGUGAGUGGCUCAGAGGACAAUUGUGUAUACUUAUGGGAACUUCAAAUAAGAAAAGUAGUCCAGAAACUUGAACGUCACGCAAAUGCUGUAAUAAUAGUUGCUUAUCACCUAAUUGAGAAUAUGAUUGCUUCAGGUGCUCUUGAAAAUGAUAAAACAGUGAAGAUUUGGAUUCAGGAGGUCAACAAAAUAGAGGAUCAAACAGAUGAAAUUGAAACAAUAAUUCAAUAAAACAGUAAGUAAUUUCAUGGUUUCUAUAUGAGUUCAAAGUUGAUUUUCGCCUUUUGUUUUUCUCUUCGAAUUACCUGUAGUUUUUGUAUUCAGAUUUUGUAGUUUAGUUGGUUUCUUUUGAUCAUGGUCUCAUAAUCAAACUGAGUAUUUUGGGUAAUGUUAAUUGUAUUCUAAAUUUGAAUCUUUUAAAUCAUGGACUUUAAACUUGGGAGUUUGUUUGG